CUCUCACUUCACUUCUUCUCUCAUCUUAUCCCCAUAAAACCAUCUAAAACUUGUGUGCAACAGUAUCAGAAAAUGGCUUCUCCUCCAAAUCUGAUCUCCUGUAACGAGAGUUCUGAUCUUGAAUCCAUUCAGGAAAUUGUAGUUUCCAUCAACGACUACAUUCUCAGCGUAGUAUCAAAUCCUGAAGUAUGGUUUUCACUUAAGCAGCAAUGCAUUAGCAUGUUAAGCAUUGAAGAGGAGAAUACUCUCUUUGAAUUCUCCUCUGAACACUCUGCUCUCUCGAAUCUCUAUUGGGGAAUCGAAAGCAUCGAAGCUUCUUUACAACCAGAGAGCUCUGAAGAGAAGAUGUCUCGCCUCAGAAACUCAGAGAGGAUGCUUCAAAUGCCUGCGUUGCUUGACGAACAAGGAACCACCACUUCAGGUGUUCCCAACUCAACCUUGGUUGCUUUCUCUUACUUCUACCUCUCCAUUGUAAGCUGUAUCCAAGGUGAUUCCCUGCAGACAACUUUGCAUUUUCUCCAGUCAGUUUUGGUCUCACCUGAUGUCCUGAGAAACGAGAUUGCCCCUGAGCUCUGCGAGUGCCUUUUCUUCACUCCUGGUGUGUCUAAGUCAGAUGAAGAGAUCAGAGAGAUUGCAAGAAAGUAUAAAUAUAGAGCAACUUAUUACCAGGUUAUAUCAUAUGGAAAGAAUCAUCAACGAUCAAGUGAAUGUACAGAGAAACAACUUCAAAGGCCAAAUAAAUAUAGGCCAGAUAUAUCUACAGCUAAUGGACAUUCAUUUGCAGAGAAGCUAGAGUUAUCUGAAACCUGUGAGGUAUGUUUAUUAAUGACCAUAACAUUUUCUUGUAACAUUAUUACCUUAUUUAACUUCUUGUUGAAGUUAUUGCAGUACCAGAACCUCCAGGGUGUUGAUAUGCAAGAAGAUGAGCUUAAUGACAUCUUUAACAAACUCAAAGCAUCAAGGCCAUGUUUGGAUUGGAACCUGCAUGAAGAUUACAAUCCAGAGCUUGGAAAAAACACAAGAGUCAUGAGCCUCAAUGACUUCUUGAAUGACUCUCAGCCAACCAAAUCAUAUAAUGAAGAGACAUUAGCCAAGCGAUCCCACAGUUUAAUCGGUCAUUUUAACCGCUCCAUCUUUGACAUUCAGGCUCAGCAAGCAUACAAAACCAGGAAUGCACACAUAGAAGAUGUCUCUUCUUUGAGGAAACUGGAGUUAGAAGAAGAUUCAGCCUAUGGUUCCAUAACUUUUGAAGGAAUGAGGAGGAAUCUGCAAACCAUAAGACUAGGAGAUGGAGUUCAGACGCAUUCAAGAAGAGCUAGGAGAAUGAGUCUAUGGGAGAAUCUUCAGAGCUUUAUAAAGGAAGUUCUAGGGAAUGAUGAUGAGAAGUAUCUCUCAGAGGUUACAAUGAUCUAUCAAAUGCUCAACGGUAAACAAGGAGUCAAGUAUAGUAUGCUCAAGGAUGUGAUUCUAGAUCAGCUGCUUAUGGCCAUUUCAAGUUCUGAGGAGAAAAAUGUGAUUAAAGCAUCCAUGACCGCACUUACCAAGAUCAUAUCAGUCAAUAGAACAGCUAUAGAGGAAGUCAAGAGGAAGGGUUUGAAUCUAAGCCAUUUAGCAAACGCCCUGAAACAAAAUGUGCAAGAAGCAGCUAUUCUCAUCUACCUGAUAAAGCCAUCUCCAACAGAAAUAAAAAGGCUUGAGCUGUUACCAGCUCUUGUGGAUGUUGUUGCAUCCACUUCUUCUUCUUCUUGUUCUUACACGUUUAGACCUUCACCUCCUCUUCUGACACCUCCUGCAGCAUCACUGAUGAUUAUUGAAGUGCUUGUCACUGCUUUUGAUCAUGCUACAAACACAAUGCACUUGGCUGAGAUCAGCUCUCCUAAUGUCCUUGGUGGACUUCUUGAUGUUGCAAAAAGUGGAAACUCAGGGGAGUUCAUCUCCUUGGCCAGAGUUUUAGUCAAAUGCAUGGAGUUUGAUGGAGUUAACAGGAAGUAUAUCUAUCAGCACACUCAAGUGGCUCCUUUUGCGCAUCUAUUGCAGAGCAAUGACAGAGAAGAAAUCUUCAUUGCUCUUCAGUUUCUCCAUGAGGUCCUGAAGAUACCAAGGUCAUCAGCUAUUAAGAUACUGCAGCAGAUAAAGAAAGAUGGAAGUUUUGACAUUCAGGAUACAUUGCUGCAGUGUAUUAAACAGUUGCAGGGAGAUCACAGACUCUUUGCAGCAGAUAUAUUGCUUCAACUGAAUGUGCUGGAGUCCCCUCCUGAGAGCAAAAAGUUCAGAAAUGAGGCCACAAGAGCUCUCCUUGAAGCAGCUACAUAUAGUGAAUGCUCAAAUAUGCAGAUUUUAUCAACAUUGAUUCUUUCGAAUAUCGGUGGAACUUAUUCAUGGAAAGGAGAACCAUACACUGCUGCUUGGCUGAUGAAAAGAGGAGGUCUAAGUUCUAUGUCACACAUGAAUAUGAUAAGAAACAUAAACUGGUCAGAUGAAUGCUUGCAGGAUACAGGAAUAGAUGGUUGGUGUUGUAAGAUAGCAAGAAGAAUUAUUGAGACAGGAAAAGCCACGUUUUGCGGUUUACAAGAAGGUCUGAAGAGUAAAAACAAGAAUGUUGCAAAGGCAUGUCUUAUAGCCAUUGCAUUGCUCAGCAUAGAGAUUUCAAAAGGUCCAAAUAGUUUAAAAUAUUCAGCAUGUGAAGUCUUACUUGAAGAGAUAGCACAGUUUUUACACCCUGGUUUGGAGCUUGAAGUGAGACUUCUUGCUUGUAUAUGCAUCUACAAUUUUAGCUCUGGCAAAGGGAUCCACAAACUAAUCAAUUUUUCGGAAGGAGUUAGAGAGUCUUUAAGACGUCUUUCAAGUGUGACUUGGAUGGCAGAUGAACUGCAUAAAGCAACAUAUUAUCUAUUCAGCAAAUCAGACCAGAGGAUAUCUUGUGUUCAUACACAAACCAUAGAGAUGCAUCAAUCUGGCAGUGGAGCUGUAACAGCCCUCAUCUACCAUAAAGGCUUGCUAUUUAGUGGAUACUCAGAUGGUUCAGUCAAGGUGUGGAAUGUGGAUGAGAAAUUAUCAUCCACACUUCUUUGGAACAUCAAGGACCACAAAAGCGCUGUAACAUGCUUUUCAGUUUGUGAAACAGGAGAGAGUGUGUUAAGUGGAUCUGCAGAUAAAACUAUCAGGAUAUGGCAGAUAGUUAAAGGAAAGCUGGAAUGUGUUGAAGUCAUAAAAACAAAAGAAUCAAUAAGGAAACUGGAAGCAUUUGGAAAUAUGAUCUUUGUCAUAACCAAGGGGCAUAAAAUGAAGAUGCUUGAUUCCUCAAGAACAUCUCAAAGUAUCUUCAAAGGUAAAAGUGUGAAGAGUAUGGUAGCAGCCCAAGGAAAGGUGUACAUAGGAUGCAUAGAUUCAAGUAUACAGGAAUUAAUACUCGCAAAUAAACGGGAGAAAGAGAUCAGAGCACCAACGAGGAGCUGGAGAAUUCAAAACAAGCCCAUCAGCUCAGUGGUUGUGUACAAAGACAUGUUAUAUAGCUCAAGCACCCAUGUUGAGAUGUCCAAUAUCAAGGACUUGAGAAGGAGUUAUGAGCCCCAAAUGUCAAUAUCAGCUGAAAAGGGGUCCAAUAUAGUAGCCAUGGGUGUUGUUGAAGACUUCAUCUACUUGAAUCGAAGUUCAUCCACAAGCACUAUUCAGAUUUGGUUGAGAAGGACACAACAGAAAGUGGGAAGGUUAUCAGCAGGAAGCAAGAUAACAAGCCUCCUUACUGGUAAUGACAUUGUUUUUUGCGGUACAGAAGCUGGAGUAAUCAAGGGAUGGGUUCCGUUAUAGCACAAAAGACAAGGAUACGAGGUAGACAUUACAUUUCCAACAAUCAGCUCAAAGUUAUGAGUAAAUAGGUACACAGCUAUAAAAUAGUGUGAAAUGAAUAAGCUUAUUGUGAUAUUUGUACAUGUAUUACAUAUAUGUAAGAUUGUAGUUGAGUCGUCCAUUUCACUUAUGUGUAGAUAGAUGUUGACUUUUAAAGUAUUUAUGAUCUUGAACUGAAUAUAUAUAUCAGUACCUUGCA